GGCUCUUCCAAAGAUGGUGACGGGCCCGCAGCGCUCCGCCAGGGCGUAAGUACCGCGGCGGGGAGGCCCGGUAGGCGGCGGGGCUUGGCGGAGCGGCUCCCCCGGGCCGCGGGCGGGGCGCGGACAAAGCCGCGGGGAGCCCGGGGCGGUGCGGUGCCGUGGCGGCGGUGCGGUGCCGUGCGGUGCCGUGGCGGCGAUGGCAGCGUCCGGGCAGGAGGAGUACGCGUACCUCUACCGGGACUCCGCUCACCCCGCCGCCUUCCUGGAGGCAUUCCGGGGCUUCUACCUGGACGGGCUGUUCACCGACAUCAGCCUGCAGUGCGCCUCGGGGGUCAUCUUCCACUGCCACAGAGCCGCCUUAGCGGCGUGCAGCAAUUAUUUCAAAGCCAUGUUCACGGCCGAUAUGAAAGAGAAAUCUAAAAACCAGAUCAGGCUUCCCGGGCUCAGCCAUGCCGUCCUGGAAGCCCUAGUGAAUUAUGCAUACACAUCACAGAUCCAGAUAACAAAGAGAAACGUCCAAAGCCUGCUCCAGGCUGCAGACCUCCUCCAGUUCGUGUCAGUGAAGAAAGCCUGUGAGCAGUUUCUGGUGAGGCACUUAGACACUGACAACUGCAUAGGGAUGCACUCCUUCGCCGAAUACCACGAUUGCUCGGAGCUAGAAAAGGAGUCCAGGAGGAUAUUGUUAUGGCAGUUUGAUGAAGUGUGGAAGCAGGAAGAGUUUCUGGACAUUGGGAAGGAAAAGCUCUCCUUUAUUCUCUCCAGAGAGAAUCUCAAUGUUUGGAAAGAAGAGGCAGUCAUUGAAGCUGUUGUUAAGUGGGUUGCACACAACGUGGAAGAAAGAAUUGAAGAUGUUUGUGAACUGCUGAGCUGCAUCAAAGUGGACUUAGAUAACAUGUAUUUGAGAUCAGCUUUAAGCCUACAAAAAAAAUGCCGGCUUAAUGACAGUAAGAUAAGGUCACUUAUAUACAAUGCCCUGAACCCCAAUCCUAAGGGUCUUUCCAGAAGAGCCACAGCAGCCAUGUAUGUGAUUGGAGGAUAUUAUUGGCAUCCCUUAUCAGAAGUGCAUGUUUGGGAUCCUUUAACCAACGCGUGGGUCCAGGGAACAGAGAUGCCGGAUCACACCAGGGAGAGCUAUGGGGUCACUAGCUUGGGACCAGACAUAUAUGUGACAGGAGGUUAUAGAACAGAGAGCAUCGAAGCCCUUGACACGGUGUGGAUCUAUAACAGCGAGAGAGAUGAGUGGACAGAGGGCUGUCCCAUGCUUGACGCGAGGUAUUACCACUGCGCGGUUUCCUUGAGUGGCUGCAUCUACGCCUUGGGUGGUUACCGAAAAGGAGCUCCUGUGCAAGAAGCAGAGUUCUAUGAUCCUCUAAAAAAGAAAUGGCUUCCUAUUGCAAACAUGAUCAAAGGUGUUGGAAAUGCCACCGCCUGUGUCCUGCAUGAAGUCAUCUACGUAACUGGAGGUCACUAUGGGUACAGGGGAAGCUGCACCUAUGAUAAAAUCCAGAGAUACCAUUCAGGUAGCAAUGAGUGGAGUAUAGUCACCACAAGUCCGCAUCCAGAAUACGGGUUGUGUUCAAUUACACUACAAAACAAGAUCUAUUUUGUGGGUGGACAGACCACGAUCACGGACUGCUAUGACCCAGAGCAAAACGAGUGGAAACAGAUGGCUCACAUGAUGGAGAGAAGGAUGGAGUGUGGCGCGGUGGUUAUGAACGGAUGCAUCUAUGUAACAGGAGGAUAUUCCUAUUCAAAAGGAACGUAUCUGCAAAGUAUUGAGAAAUACAACCCUGAACUGAAUAAAUGGGAAGCAGUAGGUAAUCUUCCCAGUGCUAUGCGGUCGCAUGGCUGUGUCUGUGUGUAUAACGUGUAAACAUUUGAUUUUUGUAUUGCUGCUACAGAAGAUGGCAGGUGCAGCAUUCAAAAUAGCACUGAUUACCUCAUGCAUGAGAUGUGCACUAAGAGAUUGUACUAGACAUCAUUAAAAACUAGGUAUAAUUUGUCUUCAUUUUAAACAAUUCAGAAAUACAUCUGUGGUAACAAGACUUCCAUAUAUUUUUUCAGUCCAAUCAUUCUUUGUCCUGAAACUUUUUCAAAUUACUCUUGUCUAAUACUUUGUGCAGCUAUAUAGGAACUACUGUGAAAAACAGAUUUGUUUCAUCAAUCACUGGGUGGAACUAUCAACUGGUGCUAAGGUGCUAAAGCCAGAGAAAAUAUUCUGCAUUUCUAUGGACUAGUGGGCUUCAGAUGAAGUCUUUGAUACUCCAAAGGUAUCUAUAGAAGUGCUUCAUUGCCACAAGCAUAUGAUACGUACAGAGCAAUAUCACUUGGAUAAGCAGGUUAUCACAUCCAGCAAUCAUGGGCAGUUAAAGGAUGGCUCUAAUUCUACCUCCAAAUGCCAGCGCAGAGAAGAGCACAGGCUGGGAAUGAGGGAAGAAAUGUCACGCAGUAGCCCCAGAGCACAAGCUGAAAGUGUGCACUAGUUUUCCAGAAGACCAGUGCUCUGCAGUAUGAGGCAGUUUGAGAACAAAUUGCUCAGUUUGCCAUUCUCGCACUGGCAGGGCCUGUGAGAAAUAAUUAAAAAAAACGCUUUUCUUGGCUUUGGCAGGUAUUUGGCUGAUGCCCUUGGGCUGAUGCACAGGUAUUGGUGAUUUUUCUUUUUCAGGGAAAAGCCUUACCAUGGUGACUUUUUUUUUUUUUUUUUUAAAUCAAAUUUAAGAUGUAUGUCUUUGUGAAAUGGAAGGAGGAAAUGAGAAAGACUGGAAAGUUGCUAACAUCCCCCUGAGAUACAAACUCUCUAUUUUGUUAAUAGCAUUUGGUCUUUUUAGGAUGCUGAACUAUGACUUGAGCAAAGGUACAACUGAAGAAGCUUGUCAAAAUACGUUACACAUGGAGAAAUUGGAUGCUAAGUGGCCCACUGAAUUUAUUUAUUAUUUCUCACAAAAAAUAAUACAAGAUCUUCAAAUUCAGUCUAGAAAGCAACUUGAGAUGGGCAGGAAGGUCAUCGUUCUGUCACUUCUUCACUGGAAGACGCCUGUGGCAGGCUCCCAGAGCAGCUUGGCAGUGCCAGGCUGGCCGGCAGAAAGCAGAAUCCAUAGGUAGUAUUUAAAUAUCUGGUGUUUUAACCCUGCCAUCCCCAGCCUUCUCACCACUCCUUGUUUUGCAUCCCGCCUUCUGGGUAGUAACACAAAUGCAUUUAACUGAAUCUUUAUUGCAGUGACUUCUAAGGAUUUGUUUUCACCUGGUGGCUUGUACAGAUAGUGUAAUGUGUGGCUUUUAUUAGCCUGGUUCCCUGAGGGAGCAAGGUGCAACUGUGGUGUCUUUCUGUGCAUGUGUCAGCUCCCCUCUAAUGCUGGAGACUUUCUUGUCUGGGUUCAGCCAUGUUCUGCACUGAGGUACAGGUCUUAAAAAUACACCUUUUUUCCCCCCAGGUUUUAUGAAAAUUAGGAACAGGAUAGGGGGGGGGAGAGAGAGACUGAAAGGAGUUGCAUGGGAAGUCCAAGAUGGCAAAGCCUUCCCAGGGCCAAGGGGUGGCUGUGAGGAGCAUUCCCCUUCCUUCCUGCCUUUGCUGCCCCUCACCCCGUCCCGCUUCAGCCGCUGUGGGGCCGCACGCUCUGAGGGUGGUGAUCCAAAUAAAGAAAUGCCGUGAGGAGCACGGGGCUCUUCUCGCCCGGAUCAGUUCCUCAGCCCAGCUUGUAAAAUGCCAGAAGAAGCAGCUGUUAGACAUUGGCAUGAGAGGCAGGGACAACACAGGGCUGCCACAGGGUGUGGUGGCAACUUCCUACACCAGCACUACCCCCAAAACUGAAAUUUUGGUUGUAUUGAAUCUAUUAGAUGUGAUGGAAGCAGCUUUCCAAGCAUAAUACUGAGAAUAUUUCUUCUUCUGUUCAACACUUUUUUGUUCUCUCACACUUUUGUAUUAUGUCUCACUUGCAUUUGACUGCUGGAAGCAGGCGGCACUCAACUCUGAGCUUUGAUGUGAAGUUCUGUGGUGUAUAUAUAGUUCUUGUUUUGAUGUCUUUGUGUGUCAUCUUACUAUGACAGAAACUCGUGUGUGUGCGUGGGUUUGGUGUUUUACUUUGUUAGCCAUCGUGCUGAGAGCUAUUUAAGGAUCGAAUGGAAUUUGUUUAAAGAUUCUAAACGGUAAAGAGGUGUGGGGAAUUCAACUCUGAUGCUGUUUGAAAUGUGUGGGCCGGGCAGGUGUGCAAAAGAAAUAAAAUUAAUUUGUUUCUCCUGAAAAUCUCUGCAGCUGAGAACUGUCCAAGGGCAGGUGGAGAUUUAAGGGACAACAUCACAAAAGCGUGAAGGUGAUUUUUGUACUGAAGGAAACUGCAGUGAACUCAAUAUGUGUAUGUAAUUGUUCAGUGUAAAAUAUGUACCUGUGAAGCUUCAUGUUUAUUGAUAAACACGGACAGAGAACAGCUGCUGGUGGCUGGCCCUAAGGUCCGUUCUGGUCCGUAUCCUGUCACCUGCAGCGCUGUAAGAACAAGGCAAUGCUAACGACCCCCCAGCACCCGCCUGUCUGCUGCGUCUGAAGGAGGUGCCCAGCCGUGGAAAGCCAGCGCUGUCCCGGGGUUGGAGCACAGGCACUGGAAGCUGGAGUCCGCUUUCUCCCUCUGGGCACCUUGCAGGGGAGCAAUGGGCAGCUCCUUGGCCCCAGCGCUACUGCGGAGCGGGAAAAAGCCUUUGUUUCUGGGGUGCUGGGAAAGUAUGUGCUGAUCUGUGUAAACAGAAGUCAAUGCUAACACUGCCUGGGGCUUCAGACAGGUCCCAAUUUUUAAGAGUUUUGAAUGUGUGAGAAUAAAUGGAGUGUAAAAAUUUAAAGUGGUGCUAUUUACAGUAACCUAUGAUGCCCUUUGAAGUUGGCUCAGGCAGGUAGCACUCCCCGAGAAAAGUGUCCAGUGGUCCUGAGCACAGGUGGGAGGGUGAAUGCGGUGAGAGGAGCAGCGUGUGUCCCCCCCACCCCUGGUCAGCAGCGUGUGUCCCCGCAGCAGGAGGGGUGAGCCCAGGGCAGGGGAUCGUUCAGCCACCCGUGUGGUGUGUGUUAGCCGUAAGGAGUUGAACGUGAACACUGAAUGACCGUGCUGUUGGAGCUGUAUUAGGGUGGGCGCCGUGUUACUCUGUCACUUGCAGACCAGAAAAGGAGCUAACACAGCGAUCACGGCUGUUGGGUCGGUGCCCGUUAGUUGUUUCCCUACUCUGAUCCCUGUUGUGGCGCUGCGGAUGCGACAGCGCGGCUGUGGUACCGCAGCCGAUGUUUGUACUGUGUAAUAAAUGUAACUAUAGCAUCCGUGUACCAA